UUAAUCCUUCUCUUAGUGGCUCCAGAUACUUCAAGGGAGGAAUGCAGUAAAUAAUCCUUUCCCGGCCUUGCCUUUCUGAGGAAGGGGAUUGGGAGGGACCAUGAAACCUUUACGCCCUCCUUCCAACCCUGUCCUGUCCAUGCCCUGCAUGCUGAUUGAGAUCCUCAGCGGUGGCCGUCCAGGCUCCCUUCUGGGCUGGUGCUUGGGACACUGGUCUCCCUUCUGCCGAGGCUGACUGCGGAUGACCAUGACCAAUGGGGGAAUGCACCAGUCCGCAGAGUCCACUUGGUUUGCUCUGCUUUCCGCUCCGGGCCAGGGAAGCUUGCACAGGGGAGAGAAGGAUGGGUGAGGCCAGGGCGUCCUCCUGCCAGGCGCCGAGGGCCUGAGCUCUAAUGGGAUGGGAUGAGUCCUGCCCAACAAGGCAGGGCACCGCCAAGGCCUGGUGUCCCUGCUCGGGACCUGGAUCUGCUCUUCCGGGGAUCCUGGACCUGGCAAUUGACAUCGGAGCCUCAGUUUCCCGCAUCUGGAAGGGGAGAGCGAGCCUUGCUCACAGCGCUGAGAUGAGAGAAUAAAACCAAAUCUUUCCCAGCAGCUGGCGAAGCUGCAGGGACUCUCUCCUUCUGUGGCCAGGGGGCAAUGUUUGGGAGGUCGCCAUGGAGACCGAGGGAGCCCGACGCCUGCAGGCCAGGAGCGCAGCUGUGUGUGUCCAUGUGGAGCCUCUGGGCCAGGGGGCAGCGAUGUCAGAGGGCGCUAGAGACCCGGCCGGUCCCCUGCCGCCGAAGCACAAGGGCAGCCUGUCCUCUCUCAGCAGCCUCCAGCUCCGCAGGAAGGAAGCGCAGGGCCACGGCAAGGACUACGUAAGUACUGUGUCUUACAUGGACGAACCCAGCCAGCGCGAUGAGAGCUCUCGCCUCACGGUCCGAGUGGAGAACACCUACCAGCUGGGUCCUACCAAACAUUUUUCUGUGGUCACUGUCAAUCGUAUUUUGGAAGAUGUGUUAACAAACUAUCUACAGGAAGAAAAAUAUGAACCAGAGUUCUGCAGGCAGAUGACUAAAACAAUUUCUGAGGUUAUUAAAGCCCAGGUCAAGGAGUUAAUGAUUCCACGAUAUAAACUAAUAGUGGUCACUCACGUAGGACGCCUGAAGGAUCAGAGCUUGUUUAUCGGAAGCAGAUGCCUCUGGGAUCCGAAAAGUGAUACUGUUUCAUCCUACGUCUUCAGAAAUUCUUCUCUCUUUGCUCUGACCAGUGUCUAUGCGAUUUACUUUGAGUGACUGCAAAUGAGAAAUUCGGCUCUUGCUUCGUGUUCACAAAAACUUGAUAGCCAAAAACUCUGAAAAAGAAACAAGACAACAGUUCAAAUGGAUGACAGCUUCCAGAAUUUUUAAUAAUCUGAGAAUUGGGACAAUAGGGUGAGUAACCCAAGACAGAAUCUCCUUGGUCUGGAGCAGGAACUAGAUUGCUUUUCAAAAACGCAGACUCUUAUUAAAUAUUACUUUGGGUGUUGAUUAUUUUAAUUGCUCUUUAAUGAGAGAGAAUUUCCAGCAUUACGUUUUGAUAAAGAGAACUUUUAGAAAAGUAUAUGGGGGGCUGGAGAUUUAGCUCAGCGGCAUAAGCGCCUGCCUUGCAAGCAGGCGUGAGUUCAAUCCCUGGUACCGAUAAAAACGAAAAAGGCAAAAAAAAAAGUAUAUGGCUACAUUUCCUGACCCCAGUCUGUGAGAGUAAACAUUCAACCGGAAUACACAAAUGAUCCAUGUUAAUGUGGCUCAGUGCUACAUGGAAAAGAAUUCUGGUUUUCAUCUGGCGCUUAAUAAAUUGAGCAGCAUUCAUUAACUGCAAUUACGGUUAUGUGUACCUGACAGUUGGAACUGCAGAGGUAGAAUUAAUGACUUCAUAACAAUUAGCCUGGUCCGGUGGGACUGAGAGCUAAAACUAGGCACUCUGGCAGGGAAGCGACCCUUUACCAAACUGCAGAGGGCAGCACGCUGGCUCUUUAAUAACGGAAGCUAGGAAGUCACAGCGGCUUUUUAGGACAACCCAGUGGACGGCGCUCUAUUAAAUAUGCAUGAUGCUUAAUGGUAAAAGUAUCAGUAACAUAAAACACUCAGUUCGCAAGAGGCACUGCCUUAGCAUGGACACUGCCUGUGAGUAGAUUUUCCUAGCUUAAUGAAGUUGUACACAAAAUACGUUGCGGGUGGCUUAGCAAAUAAAAUGUAUGUGUUUACUA